CUCCUUAGGCCCCAACCCACUUCGAGUAAAGGACAUAGUGCCAAUCGACCGACAGGAUAAUGCUUUAGCCUGACUUCAGUUUUGUGUUUUGUGAAGUUUUAUAUACUACAAGUUAUAUUUCUGUGCCUCAAAUAAACGAAAUCAUCCCACAGUUGUGCCAAAUUACGAAUAAUAAAUAAAAGUUUGUCCCUUUUGAAACGUUUGCUCGGAAAUAAUCAAGCAUGCCGAGCUCCUGUCCAUGGACGGUGCUUCUCCUCCUGCUGCUGGCAUCUUCCUCGGUCCUGGGCCAGAGCGGAGAGCACUUCGAGGACGCGGACAAGUCCAGCGAGUACACGGACCAGCAGUUCGAUCUGCGGCACACGAUACCCGGCGAACCCGGCCUGGACUAUCCCAUCUUGAGUGCACCGCCCAAGACGAGUUUCGUGUGCAAGGGCCGCCACGAAGGCUACUAUGCUGACGUGGAGAGCCGCUGCCAGGCGUUCCGCAUCUGCGCCCACACCGCGCGAACCCCUCAGGGCUUUGGCUUCCUCUGUCCCAAUGGAACGCUCUUCAGCCAGAAGAACUUUGUGUGCGACUGGUACCGCAACGUGAACUGCGACGAGUCGGAGCGGUACUACGACAUGAACGUGGACCACAGCGUUGGCAGCACACACCAAAUGAUGGAGCGCGUUCGCCACAUGAUGGAGUACCCCAUGAAGACGAUAACGAAGGCACUGCAACAGGCACAGUCACAGCACCAUCAUCAGCACCAGAGCCUCAGCAAAGAUCUGAGCAGCGCCAGUGGAGUACUCACCCACCCGGAGGAGCCACAAAUUGCAGUUGUAAGGGGAGAGGCUAUCAAGAGUGAGCCUCUCAAUGCUGCAGGACUGCAGGACAUUGCUCCCUCCGCCUCCGCUGACGACGAUGGUGAGGGCAUCUAUGUGAACAGUCUGGGAGAGCUCUCCUCGGAUCCGGGCAUCCAGUUUGAUCACACCAAUGCCCACAUCGUGGCGGAGUACCCGCGGGAGUAUCACUACCAGAAGCAGAAGAACUUUGCGGAGCGGGUGAAUGCGGGACUGGAGCUCCAGGCCGACACAGAGUCCACCUCGAGCGAGGCUCUGGCCCCGGACUACAUGAAGCACAUAAGGAGCAACAAGGACGAGGCCACGCAAGUGGAUCUGGUGUCCAAUAUUAACAACCUGCUGGACGAGGUCUCCUCCGAUGUGGAUCCCGCCGUCUCUGGCUAUCAGUCAAUGGCUCCGACCAAGAUCAAGCAGCCCUUUAGGUUCCUCAGUCGCGGUUUCGCCAUGCAUGGAGAUGGCUCCAAGGGCAGCUCCUCCUCAGCCUAUGUGUACAGCAAACCCAAACAGACGCCGGGCACAGUGAGAUUUACGCCCAAUGAGAUACCCACCGAAGAUCUCAAAUCCACUGAGCACAAACAUAAAUUUGACAAAACCACCAGCAGCAGCACUCCAGCGACAACGGAGGAGACUCCUGCUCUGCUGAUAGCUCCCACUCUGCCCACAGCGGAGGAGGCAGAAGGACCAGAGGAAGCUGAGACCACCACAGCGACGACAGAAGCCGCAUCCAUCUCCACUUCCACCACCAUCACUGCGCCACUUGCCCUGCUGGAACCGCCACUGCUGGCUCCUGCUUUUGCCAUUGAGUCCCUCGGUCAAGCAGCCGCCCUGACCGCCAACCUGCCCCUCAGUGAUGACGUGGCCCAAGUGGAGGAGAGUCCCGAAGCAGCCGAGAAGACGAGCGUGCAUCAGGAGGCCGCCAAGCUGCUGCUGGCUGGAGUGCAGCUGACUUCCCACGACGAGGAGACGCAGGUCCUCAGCACAAAUGAGUUGGCAGAGAGCAGCAGCACCUCCACCACUCCCGCAAUGGUUACCUCCACAGAAACUGUCACAGAGAUCAGCAGCACCCAGGAGCGGAUUCGUGGCUAUCGGCGCUACGCUCAGAAUCGCGGCAAUUCCACGUUGAGACGCGCCAACGUUCGUCCGCUGCCGGUGGUGCGCAGUACGACGAGCACCACCACACAACGAACCACCACGCCCACCCGCAGCUACCUGGAACGCCUGGCAGCCAGUCGCCAGCGCUUGUCCCGUCUCUCGCUGGCCACCAGGAGCACAACCAAGGCACCGACGACCACAACCGCGGCCACCACAGAGGCAGCCACCAGAACCACAGCCUCCUCGCUCUCGUAUGUGCGCGGUGGUGCCGAGCAGGGACCGAGCAAGAAGCUUUCGGCGCGCCACAUUGAUCGCGAGACGAAGGUCGAGACGGGAAAGGCCAGCUGGGAGAGUGUCCACAGCAGUCUGCAGAGGUUCCAAGUGCAGCGCGGGAAUCGCAUCUACACGCCGGCAAUAAGAGCGACAGGAAGCAGCAACGGCAGCAGCACCACCACCAGUACCAGCGCACCAUCCACAUCCACGACGAGCAGCUUUACCCGACCCACGGCAGCAGCAGGAUCGGUGAAUCGUGGCAAGAAUCGCUAUUCGAACUACAAGACGCAGGCGCCGGUCACGCGUACUCGGGGAACAACCACCGCGCGAGUGUACACCACGACACCAUCCAGAACUACCUCUUCCCCGGCUUUGUCCACGCUGUCGCAGCAAAUCUCCGCGCUGGCCUCGGGCUACAGCUACGCCCAGCCAGCAGGCAACUCACCGCAGACCCAAAAACACACCCAAACACCACACACACUCGCAUACGCCACACAAACAGUCAGCGACAUUGCACCACACUCCUCUCAAUCCAUCACCUCGAGCCUCUCUCCCGCCUCUGGGUUCCUUUCCUUCGAUAAGCUAACGCGCGCCAUUGUUGACGACUCCGUCUUACAGAACUUCAAGAGUGUCCAGUCGAAGGCAGCACCUCCAGCCCAGUCACAGUCCCAGUCCCAGCAGUAUCGUCCACUGACCAAGUCCAACUCUGUGGGCAGCAGGGGUAGCAGCAGGAACAGCAUUUCCUACAACAAACCCGCCACAGCACCAGCCAUCUCCAGUCUGACUGUGCCGCAACGGCCUCCGCAGCUGCCACAGCCAGCGUUGCCCACUCCUCCCGGCAUAGUGAUUGUCCGCGCUGAGGGACAGCGGAUUGCUCCGAACUCUGCCGGCAACAUCAUCGCCUCUCUGGCCACCCAGGCGCCAGCCAAGGCCACACAGGGCAGCUCCUACGUCUCGCUGAACGACUUCUUCAGCAGCAAGUUUGGACAGGGCAACGCAAACAGUGUUGCGACGUUGCAACAGCAACAACAGCAGCAGUCACAGGUGCAGAGGCAGCCAGCACAGCAGCAACAUCAAGUGCAACAGCAGCAGCAGCGGCAGCAACAUGUGCAACAAGUGCAGCAGCAGUUGCAGCGUCAGCAGCAGCCUCAACAGCAAUUAAACUACAUCACGCAGCAGUACCAACAGCCACAGCAAACGAUUUACCAACCAAACAUCUACCAGCAGCAGCAGCAGCAGGCACAGUUCCAUCAGCAGCAGCAGCAGCAGCAACAGCAAAAUCCCUUCCUUAAACAGCAUCAGCAGCAGUUCCAGCAGCAGUCUCGUCCGUCUAUACAAAGCAAUCAGCAGCCUUACCUCACGCCCAACAUAUUCGUGCCGUACCAACAGCAGCAGCAGCAGCUGCCACAGUUUCCCCCCCUGGCACCGCCAGCACCAGUGAGCGCCACUGGCUCAGUGCAGGGUUCCUUUAUAGGUGGACGCCAUGUGGAUCAUCUGAAUGUGCAGCUGCCAGCGCUGACCAAUGGCUUGAUUCCGGGACUGCAGCUGGCCCAGAAGCGCAGCGACGUGUCGGCCCAUCAGCUGCAGUUGACGGACAGGCAUCCAGCCAGGUCGGGCUCGGGCAAGAGCAGGGAGCGUUCCUUCUAUUCCGGACGCACCUCCUACCAGGUGCCACAGAGCAGUGUGGGUCGGCUGCCCAACGACAUAACGCAGCAGCUGCGCGGACGCCUGCGACGCUACUAAAGGAGAUUCCCCGCCACUAGCACUACUU